ACGCGAUUACGCGGCGACCGCAUGCGCAGAUGAGGCCGUGACGCCAUUUUGGGUCUCAGGGUGCAGUAGCUAGCUGUGGCUGUUAGCUGUGUAAACGCGACGCUACUUUGUUCGGGUUCGUUUUUGCCGCUUUGAUAUUAGAGUUGAGUAAACAGAGUUGUCCCCUUUGUUCAGGUCCGAAUCUGAAUCUUUCUUCGUCUGAGAAAUGGACGGAGAAGAGGACGACUUCAUGUCCGGGAGCCGCUCCGAUGACGGAGGCGGCACUCCGGUUCAGGAUGAACACCCGGCGUCAGACGGGGAGGAGAUGAGGAGUGACACACACCAAUCUGAGCAGGACGAGGGCAGCAACGACGAGGACGCCCCCCGCGCCAUGGAGACCAGCGGGGCAGCCAGCGGCUCCGACAAUGAGGACCGCAGAGGGGCCGACAGCGACUCGGAGGGCGAGGCCCCCAGGGGCCACGACGACGACUACAAGAGUGACUCGGAGGCAGAGGCUCCUCGUCCCGCCGACAGCGACGACGACUCUCCGGUCAAACGCAGGACGAGCGGAUCAGACAACGAGGAGGAGUCGCCGGUCAAACGCGGAGCUUCGGAUAAUGAGCGGGGGGAGGGGUCGUCCCCCGUCAAACGCAGGGGGAGCAGCUCGGACGUGGAGGAGGGGGAGGACCGGCCCAAAGCGGCCGCAGACAGCGACUCAGAAAACGAGGACGCCAAGCCUGCGGCGUCCAGCCGGUCCAACGCCGACAGUGACUCUGACACAGAGACGCCCACCAGACGCAAGGCAGCACAGAUAGACUCUGAGGAGGAGGGGAGGGGGGGGCAGGAGGAGGAGGCAUUGGGAGGAGGAGAAGGAGGAGGAGGAGGGAAGUGGAAAGCUGUGAUGCAGUCUGACAGUGAGGAGGAGGAGGAGGGAGGAAGGAGGAAGGCUGCCGCAGGAAGUGAUGGAGAGCAGCAGGAAGAGGAGAAGGAGCAGAGAGACGGCAGCGACGACGAGAAGCCAGUGAAGAGGAAGAAGGCCAUCCUGUCAGACAGUGAGGAUGAGGAUGAGGAGAAGGCAGAUAAACCAGCGAAGAGGAGUCGGGCGGUGUCGGAUGAUGAGAACUCAGACAGCGACGGGGGGUCAGACGGUCCUGAUAAGAGUCUGGCAGCCAAACUGAGAGAGCUGGGCUCAGACAGCGGGAGCGAGGACGAGAGGUCGAAGGCCUCGGCAGGGAAGAAGGACGAGAAGGCGCUGUUCGGCAGCGACAGCGACUCUGGAGGCGACGACGAGGAGGAGAAAAUGAUCGCGGAUAUUUUUGGAGAGUCGGGAGACGAGGAGGAGGAGGAGUUCACGGGUUUCAACCAGGAGGACCUGGAGGGGGAGAAGAAGGAGUCGAAGGAGAGGAAGCUGCAGGUGGAGGAGGAGUCCGAUUCUGAUGAAGGAGUUGACCGCAGCGGCCAAGACACCAGCUUCAUGUCUGACUUCGACAUCAUGCUCGCUCGGAGGAAAGCCAUGAACAGCAAGAAGAGAAGACACCGUGACGGAGGGACGUUCAUUAGCGACGCCGACGACGUGGUCAGCGCCAUGAUCACCAAGAUGAACGAGGCCGCAGAGGAGGACCGAACUCUGAACAGUCAGAAGAAACCAGCGCUGAAAAAACUCACUCUGCUGCCUCAAGUCGUGAUGCACCUGAAGAAACAGGACUUGAAGGAGACGUUUAUCGACAGCGGAGUGAUGUCGGCCAUUAAGGAGUGGAUCAGUCCUCUUCCGGAUAAAUCGCUGCCUGCUCUCAGAAUCCGAGAGGAGCUGCUCAGGAUCCUGCAGGAGCUGCCCAGUGUGAGUCAGGAGACUCUGAAGCACAGUGGGAUCGGUCGCGCCGUCAUGUUUCUCUACAAACAUCCCAAAGAGUCUCGAUCCAACAAAGACCUCGCUCUCAAACUCAUCAAUGAGUGGUCACGUCCGAUCUUUGGUUUGACGUCCAACUACAAAGGAAUGACGAGAGAGGAGCGACAGCAGAGAGAUCUGGACCAGCAGAUGCCUCAGAGGCGACGACUAAGUCAGCCUCAGAAGGUGGAGAGGGCGGAGGAACCUGACGUCUUUUCUCCACCGAUCAGCUCAGGGGGUCAGACGCCUCGGAGAGACCUGGAGAAACAGCUCACUGGAGAGGAAAAAGCUCUGAGACCCGGUGACCCUGGGUUCUGUGCCAGGGCUCGGGUCCCGAUGCCCUCUAACAAAGACUAUGUUGUACGACCCAAGUGGAACGUAGAGGUGGACUCCAGCAGGGGUCCGAUGAAGAAGGGUUUGUCCCGCGUCGAUAAACAGAUGCGUAGAUUUGCCGACAUCCGCCGCCUGACGAAGACGGGUCACGCUGUUAAAAUCAGUGUUGAAGGCAACCGGAUGCCACUCUGAUUUUAACCCCCAUAGGAUUUAUUCACUUUUUUCUUUUUAAUGUUUUGUUCCUGAACCAUCCCACGAUUAUCCUCACCCUUCCCUCCCAUCUCAGGUCCAGCUCUGCCUUACUAAAGGGCUGAGGUCAAAGUGUGAACAUCUGCUGAAAUCACACAGACUCACCGGUGUCUGGUCAAAAAACAUAUUUAAAUAUAAUCCAGAAUGAUCCUUGGAAUGAAGGUUAACUGCUAUUAAUGUUAGCAGUCAGCUAUGCUAAUUUUGUCUCCUAACAUUAGCUUAUGUUAGCAGUUGGCUACAUUAGCUUUAGCUCCAGACCAACCGUAUCCACAUUGUUCGCAUUACGUUAGCUUUACCUCAAAGUUAAGUAAUGUUAAGAGUCAACUUUAUCUCCAUGUCCAUAUAACAAUCAGGUGACUUGAAGGUAAAACUAAUGUCCAAGUCCAUCAUAUUAGCUAAUGUUAGCAGUUAGCUAUGUACCUUUUUAUUUCCGAAGAAAGAAGGUUCGUAAUGUUAACUUGGGUUAGUAGCCAGCUACUUUAGCUUUAUUUCAAACCUAGCAAAAUCUAAAACAUUAGCAAAUCUCAAAACUAGCAAGGUCCAUUACUUUAACUUAUGUUAGCAAUCAACUACAUUAAGCACUGGCUCCAAACCAACUGGAUCCUCCGUGUUACCUGAUGUUAGCAUAAAUAUAGCUUUACCUCUGAGACAGCUAAUUAACAUUAUUUUUUUCAUGUCCAAGUCCACAAUGGCAGAUCAUUUUUGCAGUGUGUUUCCCAACAGGCCUGCUAAGCUAGCUAAUGUGAGUAGUCAGCUAGCUUUAAGUCAUAAGUCACAAAGAUCUAUAACAUUGACUUAUGUUAGCAGUGAGCUAAAUUAGCUUUAUCUAAUGUUAACUAAGGUUAGCAGUAUACCUACAAGCCAACUACGUUAGCUAAUGUUAGCAGUCAGUUUACUCGAGUUAACAUAAUGAGCGUUAGUUACAUUAGUUGUAAUUUAUCAUUCAUCUACAUUAGCCAUAUCUCUCUAAUAUCAAGGUCUGUAACAUUAGUUUAUGUUAGCAGUUAGCUUUGUUAGCUUUUUGUGCAAAUAUUACAGUUCAUCUAAUCAAUUAAUUUCUGUCCAUAAUCGACUUUUUUUUUUUUUUUUUUAUAUUUUCUUAAAACAAGUGAAGAAAAUUCGGAACCAGUGUUCCAAAUAUAUUACAUCCUCUAUGUUAAAGUAAAAAUACUUAUUUAAAGAGUUUUCUAGAAAUGAGUGUCUGUGUCGUGGAACAAAAUGAAUGAGGCAGGUUCA